AUGGAGGAAAAAGCAGGAAAUUUAAGCACAGAGUUGACUACUCUUAGCAACGAAAAUGCAAAGUUGACUGCAGUUUUAAGCUCAAAAGACGCGGAGAUCGAAAGACUUCGCUACAUUGAGGCCGAAUUCGCGGAUUUCAAACACUCCAUUUUAAACAACUCUCCUCCCUGCUCCACUCAAAUUCCCAGGCCCAUCGAAGCUGAAGCUCAAAAGACGCCUCGCUCACCAAUCCUCUCCGAGAAAUUCAAUCACGUGGUUUUGUUGAAGACACCCCAGAAGACGCCCAAGAGUAUUCUGAAGCAACCUGGAUCUGAGUGCAAACGCCGUCGAGUGCUUCUUAUCUCUCCCGAGAAAACGACUCCAUGGGAUGGGUACUUUGAGGUGGAGUCGGAGGCAGAGGACAACCAAGAGACAGAGCUUAGGACUGUGGACACUACUAGUGAGGCAUGUCCUAUUGAGGCACAAUCGUGUUUCAGAUCCAUACUUCCACGCACCCCAAAUAUUCGUGGAACUCCACCAACUCGGGUAGGCUUCAAGUUCGCCCUUUUACAUUUAUUUUAA